ACCCCUCUUCGUCGGCUUGUGUGCGGCUCCCUCCCAUAAAUCCUCCGCCCCCACAACGCCCACUUCCCUCUCCAACUCCCCAAUCUCAACAACCUGCGCCGCUUUACCAACCGCUGGAAUACUAAAAAACCUGUUUUUAAACGCCGAGAAAGAUCCGAUCUUUUUUAUCUUCUUCUUCUUGUUUGUGCUUCUGGCUCAAUCGUUGGCUCAAAUGGCGAACGUUAAUGUGGUGGUGCCGGAGGGGCUGCUCCCCGUUACGGUGUCGCCGGCGACGACGGCAUCGUCGCCCAUGAUCCUCUACCCGCCGCCGCGAGGCGGCGGCGCCCCUGCUGCAGCCUCGAUCAAGAAGAAGUGCAACUCCCCGAUUGAACAUGCGGGAGGCUGGACGCACGUGUUGGUGGAAUCCAUGAAGGCUUCCUCUCCGACCCACUUAAAGGCGGUGGCCGCUCUAUCCACGGCAGUCCCUGCCGUCGAGUACGAGAUAGACGAUAACUCCGCCUGGAUGAUUCAACAUCCAUCCGCUUUGAGCAAGUUCGAACAGCUCAUGAUCGCGACCAGGGGCAAGCAAAUCGUGAUGUUCUUGGACUACGACGGGACUCUGUCUCCCAUCGUCGACGAUCCCGACUCCGCCUUCAUAUCUGAAACAAUGAGAGCCGCGGUGAAGGAAGUGGCCAAGUGCUUUCCCACUGCGGUUGUCAGCGGGCGCUGCCGGAGCAAGGUGUACGACUUUGUGAAAUUGACUGAACUAUACUAUGCUGGAAGCCACGGAAUGGACAUCAAAGUUCCCGAAGGAACUAAAUACAACAAGAAGAAAAAAGCUGUUCUUUUUCAACCGGCAAGCGAGUUCUUACCCAUUAUGAAUGAGGUUCACAAAACACUGUCGGAGAAGACGAGAACCAUUCCUGGCGCCAAGGUGGAGAACAACACCUUCUGUGUGUCUGUCCAUUUCAGAUGUGUGGAUGAAAAGCGAUGGGGUCUGCUGGUGGAGCAGGUGCGCGCAGUGUUAAAGGAACACCCCGAGUUAAGGGUCACCCAAGGGAGAAAGGUACUCGAGAUUCGUCCGAGUAUUAAAUGGGACAAGGGGAAGGCCUUGGAGUUCCUGUUAGAAACGCUCGGCUUCGCUGACUGCCAGAGCGUGGUGCCUGUUUACAUCGGAGACGACCGCACGGACGAGGAUGCUUUCCAGGUGUUACGUGACAGAGGGCAAGGCAUUGGAAUCCUUGUUUCAGAGUUCCCCAAGGAGACGAAGGCUUCUUAUUCCUUGCGUAACCCCGCCGAGGUAAUGGAUUUCCUAGUACGUUUGGUGGAGUGGAAUCGUCUGUCUGGAACUAAUUAGGAAGUUGCCACCUUUUCUUGCCAUUAAUUACUCCGUACAUUAAUCUUAUAACCUGUUCUCAGAGAGAGGGGAAUUUCGCUUUGCUUUUGCUCCGUUACGUUUUGUGUAAAUGGAGAUCAUAUAUAAAACAGUAUGAUAUAAUGACGCCUACUAUUUUGAGUUUA